CCACGGGCGAGAUCCCAUGCAGGAGAAUGCGCAGCGGCAGUUACGUUAAAGCCAUGGGAGACAUGGAGGACAGCGAUGAUUCAGACAGCCCACCCUCACCCAAACCCUCGCCUAAGACCACCGCCAGACGACAGAGUUACCUGAAGGCCACACAGCCCUCUCUGAGUGAACAGCAGCCGCCACUACCGCCACGCAAAUGUAUGCCGUCUCUAUGCGAGGUCUCCACCAAUCGCAGUCUGGAGAACCUGGACUGUUUGAUGGCACCGAGUGAGGCGGUCCUGCAGUACUGGGAUGCAGAUGCGGGAUUCGUUCAGGGCUGUGCAUCACUGGGACGGGGGACUACCAUGAGCCAGGUGGAGCAGGGUUACCUGAGCAGCACGGCUUACAGGCAGGUGGACUCUCAGGCGGUGAGGGCUUUGGAUCUGCCCAUGCCCACCUGCUUCAGGUCUCGAAGCCACAGCUACCUGCGGGCGAUUCAGGCCGGCUGCUCUCAAGACGACGAUACGGGCUCCGUGGACUCCGAUGAAAGUCCGCCCACAACAACAUCCAUCAGUUGCUAUAAGAACAACACCGUCUCUACAUGUACAGCCGCCUGUAAGAAGGCUCCACCACCUAUUCCUCCACGUUCCACCCCGAAACCCUAUAUCUCCGUAACGGUCCAGAGCAGCACCGAAUCCGCACAGGACACAUACUUGGACAGCCAGGACCAGCGCAGCGAGGUCAACAGCCAAUCAGGACACAGCAACUCUUCCGACAGCCUCACCAGCUCUCGUACAGGAAGUCUGGUGAAGGGUGCCAAGCGGCCGCCUAUCCUGCCCCCCAUCCCGGCCCCAAGGGAACCCGUACCCCUGCCCAGCGCGAGAGUUACCACCCCGCCUCCCGCUGUUGUUCCACCCUCUCCCGCCCCAGAUGCCAAAAAUGAGCCAGUGAGUCUGACGGUGGCAACUAACGAACAACAAGCUCCGCCCAAAAGAAAACUAUCAUCAAUUGGUAUUCAGGUGGAUUGUGUUCAGCCGGUACUGAAAGAGGAACAAACUCCCACGACCCGGUUUCAGUCUAUCGGAGUUCAAGUUGAAGACGGCAGGCCACUCAGUCGCUUCACUAGCAUGGCGUCUAGACAGGAGACAACGGAGGCCGAAUCUCAGGAGCAGUCCGACGGUAAACCUGCAGCGAAUAAGAUGCCCAACCAAUGGCUGGACGGCGGCGUGCACAAACCCUCGAGAUCAGACGUGACGCAUUGCAGUUCUACCUCGCUGCAGGAAAUGCUAGAUCCCGCACUGGAUCCGUCCUCGCUCCCCCCACCCGACCCCUCGCUGCAGGCUGGGACCGGCAGUGUGAACGGAGCCGUGGAGCAGUCCGGGGCAGCAGCGUGCCUCCGAGAUGGACGCUGCUUCCAGAAGCUACUUCAAGCAGAGACGGACCGCAUGGAGGCCUGGUGUCAACAGAUGGACCAGGAGACCAAAGACAAACAACUGUCAGAGGAGGUGUUGGGAAAGAUCCGCAGUGCAGUCGGCAGCGCUCAACUCUUAAUGUCUCAGAAGUUCCGGCAGUUCCAGGGGCUUUGUGAGCAGAACCUGGAUGCAAACGCUCAGCCGAGGCCCACGGCGCAGGAUCUGGCGGGUUUCUGGGAUCUACUGCAGCUGACCAUCGAAGACAUCAGCAUGAAGUUUGACGAGCUCCACCUACUCAGGUCCAAUGACUGGAAGAUGUCUGAGACGCAGGACAAAAAGGAGAAGCCGCCAGCUCCUGCACACACACCAAAGAAGACGGUAAAAGUGAAAUCCACCGGCGGGAAGGAAAAAAGCGUCGACUCUUUGGCCAACAAGCAACGCCAGGAAGCCAGAAAACGACUGAUGGCUGCCAAGCGAGCGGUGUCCGAACGACAAAACUCUGCCACGGAGAGCGCCGAAAGCAUCGAAAUCUACGUUCCAGAGGCCCAAACGCGACUUUAAAAAAAAAAAAAACAAGUGAAAACUCGUUCACCCUAAUCCACCUCUCUAACGGGAAAACGCCGUCUUGCGCACACGGACAGGCACUCGUAUUGAGGAUACUAGGGCUGAAUCUGAAGGUGUGGCGUGCAAAAUGGAGGUGUGGAAAACCACAAGCAAAAAAUAAUGAACAGAAAAAAGAACUAUUAAUUUUUGAACGCUACUGCGUCACCGCUGCCACAGAAGAACCUCCUGUUGACGUUUGUUUCUAUGGUUACCCUUGUUAUAAAUAUUAAUGUUAUAAAAGUUAAUUAUCUCAUGGAAUAUAUCAAGACUUUGUCUGUAAAUUGUGCUGAUAUCUCUGAAAAGACGUUAUUUGCCGCGUCAGAUCUCUGACCCUUUAUACGCAUCACAUGACCUGCAUCACAUAUAAAAAGACCCACCGUAUAUAUUUUUUGCGCCCCUCGUACAGAAUGCACUCAGGACCUGCACGUGUGCACUUGUAUUUCAUCAACGCAGUCUUCCUGUUCUCACAAAUACACGUUUGUUUAACUUUUCGCCAAUCUUUGGCCGUAUGGCGCAUCUUCAGUGGGAGCAAGAAUACGCAAGGCAUUUGAAUGGUGUUAAGAAUGUGAAAUUGAAGCAAUUUUAAGCGUCCAGUCUAUACAAGCUUCUGGAACUCUUUGGUUAGAUGAUUUGAUGGUACAACAGAUACUUGAAAUUCAGUAAAACAAAUCAACGCAGGACGUCGAGAGUAAAAUAGCACAGAUCCCAAACCAGCCCAGUCAGAAAGAGAGAAAAUUCUAGCAUUCCACUUAUUUUCGCUUUUAACUUUGUUCACUCAUGUUUUGCUUUUAUUUUCUCGUUUUUUCACCAUAGUAAAAAUUUCGAUAAUGUUUCUAUAAACUGUAUAGUUUUCACUCCAGUAAAAAUUAAUGCAGAGUCGCACUGAGCACAUAGAAAAUGUCAAACACUCAAAUCAUCUGUCGACCUGUCUGUCUCUUGUAGGUUAACAAUAUGAGUUUUUAUGAUGAGUGCUUUAAAAAAUUCAACAAAUGAUAAUUUUCCAAAUGUUUUCUUGGGCCAACGAUCUUUUUUUGUAAAAUUACUGUUAUUAAUAUUAUUAUUUUAAAAGAUUCACUUUUGUUUUCUGUUGUCCAAUCAUUCCAUGUCUACUUUAGCACACAGUUCUCUCAAACUGUAUCCGGUGGUUGAUUUCGGAUCAGUUCAAGCAGUCUUUUUGUGUGACCAAUUCAUUUGUGAUAGAGGAUUUUUUUUUUGUUUUUUGCAUUAUUAUUAUUUCUUUAUCUGAUAUUAAAAGCUUCUGUUACCCAGAGCUUGCUGAUAUGAUUUGGAGAACUUUCAGCUACCAGAAAAACUGAUUUUAUUUAUUUUCUUUCCUCUUGUGCCUCAUUCACGAAAUUCAAGCGAAAGGCAUUUCUGUGUGAACUGUUGGUGCUUACAUAAAUUGUUGUAUUCAAUUCAGUGGGACAAUUUAUGAAUGGUUUUACGAACAGUUUACCCAGAAAUGCAUUUCGUGAAUUUUUGUGGUUUGCAUUAACAGAUUAUUGUCAUAGACUCGUCAACACACCCAAAACCUUUUAUUUCCACCAAAUACAAUCAGACAAGCUGUUGGUCAGGUAUUUAAAGGCAAAGUGUGUAAUUUGUGAUAUUUCAAAAUAUGAUAUAGCAAAAGUAAUGAUUUGCUUCCAAACUGGUUUUACAAACACUCCUACCACUUUUCCUUGGACUGCCAUUGGUCAUAAAACCGGUAGUCCCGCCCCCAAACUCACACCAUUGGUUGAGACUGAACUGGGAGAAUUGCUGCCUGUUUGGUUUCAAGUGCCAAUUACCAAUGAUCCUGAUUCGAAGAGUCGUCAAUUUCAAACCAGACUGUUUGCUAUGGAAGUCGAUGUCAAGCGAUGGAAAAAAAUCCAGAAUACAAACCAUUAUUUUGAGUUGGCAUCUCAUUAUUUCAGUUAUCUUGUUAUUUUGGUUAAAAAAAAAAAAAAAAGAGAGAGAAAGAGAUACUACCUCCUAGAUGCUCGCUUGAUAAUUUGAGAUGUUAUGUAAUUGUUUUGAAAUGGUAUCUCGAAAUGAGAUUGGAUCUUGAAAUGAUGAGAUGCUCAGAAUAAUGACUAAUGAUUUUAUUAUUUGACGUGACGGAAACGGGCUUCCAUAAUUUUCCAAAGCCAAAAGAGUCAAUUGGAUUGGAGGAUGACAAGUUCCUGUUCAUGCCAUCUGUUUAGGCAGAUUUUAUUUUUCAGUUUUUAUUGUACUCCCAACCUCUGCUAUAAGCACCUGCUAAAUGAACGAAUCCCUAAAAUCUGAUUUGUUGAUAGGUUUUUCCUGGAACAUGUCCUACUUGGUCAUUUAAACACUACGUGACGUUAUGAUUCUGCAUCAGUUGAACGCUGUUUCAAUGUUCCACAGUAGUUUUUGGAAGAAAUGCAAUGGAAAACAAAGGUUAAAAUAUAUAUGCUCUUGCAUUAUAGGGUUUCCAUUUCGAUUGACCACAAUAUCAUCUGGUAUGAUUCUUAUCUCUGUUUUGUCACAUUUGUACACUAGACUGUUUGUAGAAGUAAGUUAAGCUCAAUCGAAAGCAUUUGUGGCACAAUGAUUUUGAUUCAUCCCUCAUUUAUAAAGAAAAAGAAGCAAAAAUCGCUGUUACAGUAAGGCACAGACAAUGGAAUUGACUGGAGCCAGUCCAUAAACACUAAAAUACACUGUUUAUAGCCACAAGACAUAAACAUUAUACGUGGUAUCUUUAUGAAUUUCAUCACACCGCUGGAGGUCAAUUGAGGGCAUUGAAUGGUUAAACAUGAUCAGCUGAUUCUCGUCUCUUGUAAACACAGACUCAACUCAGCCGGAAAUAAGCCCAAAGCGGUCUUCUUGUGUUUAUCCGCACUCACGCCACAAUGCAGCCGACAGCAUGUCUUUUUCUUCAUUUGGCAAACCGGACUCAACCCAGAUCUCAGCCAGUUUUUGUUGACCAGACUGAAGCCAAUGUUCAGCCAAAUGAAUGUCUGUCUUUGCUUUGUUUCUUUUGGUUGACCGGACUCGCACCAGACUUCAGCCAAAUGCUAUUUCACACAAAGGUGUUAAAAUUUCACUGCCAGAACCAAACCAGAAGUGCCAAAAGUAAGCCAGAUUCGGCCCACUUCUUGUUGCUGUGUGGGCAGUUACGUCGUCGUGACAGCAAGGUUGUAAUAUUGGAUAUAACUUCACACAGGUAAGGUUAGUAAAUGCUUUUAUCAAACUGAAAUCAUGUUAACAUGUAUAAUGUUUACGUCUUGUGUGGCUAUACGUUCGAAACUGUAUUUUAGCGUUUGGAUUGGCCCCAUUCACUUUCAUUGUAAGUGCCUCACUGUAACCGCUAUUUAUUUAUUGGUUUUUUUUAAUAAACGAGUGACUAGUUCAAAUAACUUUUUGUGGUAAUUAACAUCAUGCCACAAAUGCUGUCGACUGAGCAAAACUUGUUUUAAACAUGGAACAUUCCUUAAAAAGUGUCUUGUUCAGGGGCUUGUUACACUUUUGGGUUGCAGCUUUUUAUUUUUACCUGACCACAGUCCAUAUCUAGCAUGACACCAUUUUAUUUCAGCUAGAAAUUAUAGGCUUGUAAGAAUAUCUAGACCAAUCACAGCUCAGAAUGCAGAAUGUUUAGAUUCAACAAUUUUUACAGAAUCGACUUGGCAAUAAAGUAGCAUCCCAGAUAGCACGCAUAUAUUUCCGAGAUGUCUGUUUUAUCAUCUUUUCAUCUGGAAUCAUCACACUCUAAUUAGCAUCUGCUACGCAUCUUAAAAAGAUCAGAUUUACAAGUAUUCUAAAUCAUAAUCGUCUCAGAUACAUCUGUCAUGAUACAGAUACAUCUGUCUUGUAGACGUAUUGCAGAUGAGCAAAACAACCUAAAAAAAUUGACAUCUGGUUGAUGUACGUGUGCUAUCAGGGAUUUUAUGUAACAGUUUGUGAUAUGUGAAAAGUAAUGUUAUUGUCCCCAAGAAAGAAUUCGCAUUGUGCGAAUAUAUUUUCACAAAUGUUCAGUCUAUAUUCACUUGAAUUUUUUUUGUUCAUUAUUGUUAAUCAUGUCCGUAUAUCUUCAUUCUUGACAUCUACUUGACCUUUCAUGCUUUUCAAAACAAAUACUAAUAAUCAGCACAAAUUUCCGAACUCCGCACGGCAUGGACUCUGCACCUACAGAGUCUUAAAGCCUUUGUAUGCUUGUGGAAGGACUGAGAAUCUACUUCACUUGAUUUCAAUUGAAAAUCAACAAACUCAAAUUCAUGGAAUCUUAAUAGGGCUACACUGGACUGAACACACGGAGGAAACUUCUGCGAGACUUUCAAUGGACUUCUAGCCUGUCUUUGUACAUUUUUUUUAUUUCGUUUUUUACAGAUGAUGUCUCAGAUAUUUUGAAGGGACAUUAAAACCGGGUGGCGUUGGAUGAAAUAACCGGAUGCAAAUCAAAUGCAUUUGUCUCUUGUUUUGUAGGUAGCCUACCAAUGAUGUGGUCUGAUGCUACCUUUUGGAGACAAAUGUUAUGUUUCCAAAUCGGAUAGAGCUUUGCAUCGAUGUCCACAUGCACACAUUGACAACUGUAUGUUGAAGUCAUCAGGUUGUUAUUUGUGCUUUUGUUUGUGUCUUCUGCAUUUACAGCGAAUCACCAGGUUUAAAGGAAUAGUUCAUCCAAAAGUAAAACUUCUUUCAGUUUAGUUUGAGCUGUUGUGAUCAAGAGGAACACAUGGAAUCAAAUCAGUCAAUUCAAUAUGCAUACAGGCCCGAAUCUCAUUCCUACGUCUCCAGAGUCUAGAGAAAGAUAGAUUUAUUAUAGAUAUUGUUGAUGGUUCUUAUUUUUCAAAACUGACAUGUUUUAAAGUGAUAUAGAUAUACGAUGUUACGCUCUGUAGAUUGUAGGAUUGUUGUUGUGAAUAUUUCUUUUACAACAAAAAUAAAGUUUUAUUUAACAAGAACACAGCGGAACAAUGGGGUAAAUGUUUGUUCUUUGUGCACGGUUGGGAGGGACAUUGAAUUUAUGCAGUAAUUGUUCCGAAUCAUAAAGGUUGGUGACGUACUUUUGGCCGUAAAAGGAAGACAAGCAUCUGUUAUCUGUCAAACAUCAUACUUGUACUUUAAAGUUUUUUUUUCUUGUGGUACAGAAACACAAAGGGGUUUAAGAUUCAUGGGGGAACCUCACGAAGCCUGUCAAGAACGUGCAGGAUAUAUUUGUAAUAUUUCACCCAAAAAUGAAAAGCAUAAGAAAUUGUACUUUGCAUAAAAUUAUGUUAUCUUAGGACUUUUACGAUAUUUUGUGUUGUGACAUUAUUUUCAUCCCAUUCACCCAUUUUCAUGACUGUAAUGCAAAAAAAAAAAUAAAAAUAGUAGGCCUACAUUUUAA